AUGGCUCAUAAAUCAUCUGCGACACAUCAAAAAAAAAAGAAGCAAAGCACAAUCACAAUAACAAUAAUGAGUUCUCGCUCAUCUCUUCAAGCUCUCUUUGUUAUAAUCACACUUGGGUUGAUCUCAUUAGUAUGUUGCCAAGACUUGGAUUACAACUACUACGAUUACAAAUGUGAAGAGUUUGAAGAAAUAGUUGCGGGGAAAGUAAAGGAAUGGUUUAAGAAGGACAAAACCAUUGCUGCCAGCCUCAUAAGGCUGCAUUUUCACGAUUGCUCUGUCCGGGGAUGUGAUGCAUCGAUACUACUUGAUCACCCUGGAAGUGAGAGAAACGCAAAUGCGAGCAAGACCUUGAGGGGCUUUGAGUUAAUUGAUGAAAUCAAGCUAGCCCUUGAGAAUACAUGCCCGAAAGUUGUGUCUUGUGCAGACAUCCUUACUGCUGCUGCAAGAGAUGCCACCCUUGUAGUUAAAGGUCCAUUUUGGGCUAAUGAAUAUGGAAGGAAAGAUGGGAAGAUUUCUAUUGCCCAGGAAGUAGACGCAGUUCCGACGGGUCAAGAAGAUGUUACCUCGCUUAUUGAGUUUUAUCAAUCUAAAGGAUUGAGCUUGCUUGACCUAGUUGUGCUUUCAGGAGCACAUACCAUCGGAAGGUCUUCAUGUGCUGCACUACAUAGCCGGAUAUACAAUUACCACGGGACUGGAAAGGCAGACUCUUCCAUUGCUCCUGCAUAUUUGAACUACUUGAGAAGGAAAUGUAAAAAUGAAACACAAUAUGCAGAUCUUGAUGCUGAAACACCAUACACAUUCGACAAUGAAUACUAUAUAAAUCUUGAGAAAAACAUGGGUCUUUUGUACACGGAUCAAUCGUUGUACAGUGAUCAUAGGACUUCUGAAUAUGUUGCUACCUUUGCAAAUGACCCAGAUACCUUUUUCCAGAUGUUUUCCUCCUCCAUGGUCAAGCUCGGCGGCAUCUUAGGAGACUCCGAAGAUGAUGGUGAAGUUCGAAUUCAUUGUAGUCGCGUCAACACUGGUUAUUAA